CCCCGCGCAGCGCGCACAGGUGGCGGCGAUUGGGCAGGCGGGGCCCGGAGGGUGACGUCACGGGCUCCGGUCCCGGCGGCAGAAAUAGGGCAGCCGCGGCAGCAGUGGCACAGCAGCGGGCAACGGCGGCUCAGAGAACUGCAGCCACGACAGCCUCCAGCGUGCCCGGGACCUGCCGACAGCCAGAGAGACUGACCCAAGGACGCGGAGCUGGGUCGCCGCCACGGGGCAUUCCUUCCCGCCCGCCCAAGUCCGGUCAGCUGGUCUUCCCCUCGGCCCCGGCCGCCGCAGGCUCAACAAAAUGAAACCAGGAGGUUUUUGGCUGCAUCUCACACUGCUCGGGGCCUCCCUGCCGGCUGCGCUGGGAUGGAUGGACCCAGGAACCCGCAGAGGUCUCAGCGUGGGUGUGGGGGAGUCCCAGGCAGAGGAAUCCAGGAGCUUUGAAGUCAUGAGAAGAGAAGGGCUUUCCGGCCACAGUGGGCUGCCAACCUCCUGCGGAAAGAAGUUCUGCAGCCAUGGAAGCAGGUGUGUGCUCAGCAGGGAGACGGGGGAGCCCGAAUGCCGGUGCCUGGAGGCGUGCAGGCCCAGCUACAUGCCCGUGUGCGGCUCCGAUGGGAGGUUUUAUGAAAACCACUGUGAGCUCCACCGUGCUGCGUGCCUGCUGGAGAAGAAGAUCGUCAUCGUCCACAGCAAGGACUGUUUCCUUAAAGGUGACCCGUGCACCAUGGCCGACUACGCCCGCCUGAAGAAUGUCCUUCUGGCGAUCCAGACCCGCCUGCAGCCACCCCAAGAAGGGGACAGCAGACAAGACCCUGCCUCCCAGAAGCGCCUCCUGGUGGAAUCUCUGUUUAAGGACUUGGACGCAGAUGGCGACGGCCACCUCAGCAGCAAUGAACUGGCUCAGCACGUGCUGAAGGAGCAGGACCUGGAGGAGGACUUCUUGGGGUGCUCACCGGGUGACCUCCUCCGGUUUGAUGACUACAACAAGGACGGCUCCCUGACCCUCCAUGAGUUCUACACAGCCUUCCAGGUGGUUCAGCUCAGCCUCGCCCCCGAGGAGAGGGUCAGUGUGGCCACGGUGACCGUGGGGCUGAGCACGGUGCUGACCUGUGCCAUCCGCGGAGACCUGCGGCCACCCAUCAUCUGGAAGCGUAAUGGGCUCGCCCUCAACUUCCUGGACUUGGAAGACAUCAAUGACUUCGGAGAGGACGACUCCCUCUACAUCACCAAGGUGACCACCAUCCACAUGGGCAAUUACACCUGCCACGCCUCCGGCCACGAGGAGCUGUUCCAGACCCACGUCCUUCAGGUGAAUGUGCCACCAGUCAUUCGCGUCUAUCCGGAGACCCAGGCACAGGAGCCUGGGGUGGCGGCCAGUCUGAGAUGCCAUGCAGAAGGCAUUCCUAUGCCCAGAAUCACUUGGCUGAAAAAUGGUGUGGAUGUCUCAACCCAGAUGUCGAAACAGCUCUCGCUUUUAGCCAAUGGGAGUGAACUCCACAUCAGCAGUGUUCGGUAUGAAGACACAGGGGCAUAUACCUGCAUUGCCAAAAAUGAAGUGGGCGUGGAUGAAGAUAUCUCCUCACUCUUCAUUGAAGACUCAGCUAGAAAGACCCUCGCAAACAUCCUGUGGCGAGAGGAAGGCCUCAGUGUGGGAAACAUGUUCUACGUUUUCUCCGACGAUGGCAUUAUCAUCCUGCACCCAGUGGACUGUGAGAUCCAGAGGCAUCUCAAACCCACUGAGAAGAUCUUCAUGAGCUACGAAGAAAUCUGUCCUCAAGGGGAAGGAGAUGCCACCCAGCCCUGCCAGUGGGCAUCAGCAGUGAACGUCAGGCACCGGUACAUCUACGUGGCGCAGCCAGCACUGAGCAGAGUCCUUGUGGUCGACGUUCAAGCCCAGAAAGUCCUGCAGUCCAUAGGUGUGGACCCUCUGCCAGCUAAGCUGUCCUAUGACAAGUCGCAUGACCAAGUGUGGGUCCUGAGCUGGGGGGAUGUGCACAAGUCCCAACCAAGCCUCCAGGUGAUCACGGAAGCCAGCACAGGCCAAGGCCAGCACCUUAUCCGCACCCCCUUCACAGGAGUGGACGAUUUCUUCAUUCCCCCAACAAACCUCAUCAUCAACCACAUCAGGUUUGGCUUCAUCUUCAACAAGUCUGAGCCUGUGGUUCACAAAGUUGACCUGGAAAGACUGAUGCUCCUCAAGACCAUCGGCCUGCAGAGGCACGGCUGCAUGCCACAGGCCAUGGCCCACACCCACCUGGGCGGCUACUUCUUCAUCCAGUGCCGACAGGACGGCUCCACUUCAGCCGCACCGCAGCUGCUGAUCGACAGCGUCACGGACUCCGUGGUUGGCCCCAAUGGUGAUGUAAGCGGCACCCCACACACAUCCCCCGAUGGACGCUUCAUAGUCAGCGCUGCUGCCACCAGCCCCAAGCUGCACGUGCAGGAGAUCACGCUGAGGGGGGAGAUCCAGACCCUCUAUGACCUGACAAUAAGCCAGGGCAUCUCCGACGUGGCCUUCCAGCGGUCCUUCACCCAGGGCAAUCAGUACUACGUCUACGCCACUCUGGAGACAGAGCCAGCCCUGCUGUUCCUGGAGCUGUCCACAGGGAAGACGGGUGUGCUGAAGAACUUAAAGGAGCCGCCCAGAGGGCCAGCCUGGCCCUGGGGAGGGCCCCGCAGGAUCAUGAGGGAUAGCGGGCUGUUUGGACAGUACCUCCUCACACCAGCCCAAGAGUCGCUGUUUCUCAUCAACGGGAGACAAAACACACUGCGGUGUGAGGUGUCGGGCAUAAAGCGGGGGACCAUGGUGGUAUGGGUGGGAGAGGUAUGAAGGAGCCCAGAGCAGAGGCCUGGGCCAAGGAGUACUGCCGAGUCCUGACACCACAGCCCCAAGCAGGCGCCCUGUACAUUUUUACAGACAAAAGCAAAAACCUGUAUUCGCUUUGUGGUUCAACACUGAUCUCCUUGCAAGUUUCCUAGUAUAAGGUAUGCGCUGCUAACAAGAUUGGGGUUUUUUUGUUAGGAAGUAUGAUUUAUGCCUUGAGCUACGACAAGAACACAUGCUGCUGUGUAAAGGAAUCAUUUGUGUGCCCAGCUACACACACCAUGUUACCUGGGGACGCCGUGGAACCAAGAGCUGCCGCUUUCCAGGCUGACACUUCUGUCGGUUGCCUUCACGUGGUCAUUCUCCUUUACCGCCAGAUCCAGCCAGGCUUCACCCUGUUGCAGUGGCCUGAAACCAGGCCUGGAAACGCGGGCUCACCAGGAGCAGGACUUUCCCUCCCGGCAUGAAAGCCACAGCUGCCCUCGCUCUGGACCUUAUUUUUCUCCUUCGCAGCUGCUUCUUGCUUUUCUUUCCAUUUGACUUGUACGCCUGAGAGAGAGCCAACAAGACUUAUUGCAUCUUGGGGGAUGGGGAAAUCACUCACUUUAUUUUGGAAAUUUUGAUCGAAAAAUAAUUUUUUAUAAUCUCAAAUGCUAGUAAGCAGAAAGACGCUCUCCGAAGGUCCAGCUAUAUUCUGUCCUGCCUUAGGCCAAGUCUCUCAGAGUCACCACCCCACUUCCCACAGCCAGAAGGAAGGACAAUGGUCAUCAAAGAAUAAUGGUCUUCUACACCAUUGGCACCCCCAAGUGCAGACCAGGCCACCCCAUGGGUAAAGACUAUGUUCUGGGUUGGGACCCCAAGAGACCAGGACAAACCCUGCGUGCCUGCUUUUCACCACUAAUGGGGGACAUUUUAUUAGCCAGGUCCAGUGGCCCAGAUUCAGGGCAGACUGGGCUUACCUGGCAAAGUGUGGGUGGCCUGCAGAAGAGUGUCCUCCAGGCUCAACAGAGAAACCCCAAGGACACAAGUGGGGUCCAGGAGGGUUCCUUAGGCUAUCCGUUUUAGAAACCGAUUCCUUCUCUGCCUGUGUCCCUUGCCCUCAGCUCUGGUGCCCCCGUCCCCACAUCAUCACGGCACAGAGAGCACAGUUCAGUGUUUUCUUACACACGGGACCCCUCUCCCCAGUAACACACACCCCAAAACUCAGAAGGAUGCGGGCUGGCACUGCUGUGUUAUUCCCAAUUGUCUCAGGCUGUGGUGGGCUCUCAGGCUGGCAUCAAAGAAGUGUAACCCUCCCAGCCCUGUGAAGACAGCCUGUGUCCAAGGAUCUUAGCAAGGAAGAGGCUGCGUUGGAUUCUCAGAACACCCCUUUCCCCUCGCUCACUUGGAUGCUUUCUAGCUUAAGUCAUCAUUUUUCAAGCCACCUGGGGUUGGGAGAGACACCUUAGCUAGUUUACCCACCUUCACCUGCCAACACAGCCACAAGGUCCCCUGCUGCUGAUGGACGGCCCCUUUUGGGGAAAGGAAGACAUAGGGUGGGUCUCACUCUAAAUACACACACCUCCUUUUCACUCCCACCUGACUGCCCAACCCACCUGGCCCCAGUUUCCUGAGGUCAGCCAGUCUCCUGGAACGUCCCAUGUACCUUGGCCCACCAAAUGCUUGUCCCCUACAACUCCCAGGAGUGUGCCUAGACGUGAACAUUCAUAUUUUAGAUUUUUUUAAGGUAAAAUAUGUAGAUAUAUGUUAAGGAAACUGACCCUAAAAACCUAAUAUUCAGUUUCACAAUAGCUGAGGUGGGUGGAUAUCGCAGCUCAUCCUUUCUUCUUAUUCCUGCCUCAGUAUUUUGACACAUUUCCUUCCAAACUCCCAGUUUUAUCACCAAAAUUCUUCAGCUUUCAUGAACUCCUCCCUUAAAGUCUUCUAAAUUGUGGCACCCUCUGUCAGAAAAAGAAGUCUCAGAGCCCACCUGAGGAAGAGCCCACAGACCCCGAACACUGUCCCCUCUGGGUCACAGGAUUCCUAAGUCAAAGACCAAUCCAAUCCAAACCGGCCUCCUAAACUGGGAGUGACUUCCGCGGCAUCUGCUCCUUUUCCGCUGUUCCUUCCCCUGUCGGUGUAGCUGAACAGCAGAUCUGCCUCUCCCUGUCCUCAUUGUGCAGUCAUGGGGGACGGUCGGCUUAGGUCUCACUGCCAGCACGCCAGACACGAUGGAAUUGGAGCAGGAAAUCACAGGCCUGAAAACUUUAAAACUUGCAAGUUCACAAAGGCAGGAGAGUAAAUGUUUUUCCGGCAGUGCAAUCAAGAGAACUGCUCAGGUGGGAGGCAGGGGAAAGGCUGGCCGGAACCCCACCUGCCCUUCCUCCCACGCUUCAGCCCCAGAAGACGCUCAUGGAACACAGUUUGAAAGCCACUGGUGUAAGAAGUCAUCACAACAGGUGGGCCUUGAAGUAAACCCGGGCGGCGAUCCUUCUGAUGAACACAAAAGGUCAACUGCUACUAUUUCACAUUAUUGAAAAAGAAUUCAUUUCACCAAAAGAAUCACCAAAAAGCCACUUACAUAAGGAACUCACUCUUUCAAAAUUACUGAAUUUUGAAAUAGAGUUAAGUUCACAAAAAACAUAGAUUUUUUUUUUCAGAAUAACAAACAGACAAGUAAUCUACACCUGUGGUGACAUUAAGAAUUUGAAAUGGAAGCCCUCAUUCUCCUCCUGAGCAAGUGAACAGAACCCCACGUGGAGGUGUGGGUCCAAAAGCCAGCCCAGCCAUCCACAGAUUGAGGGUAGGAAGAGGGGUUUGUCUGCUUCUAGAGGAUUGCAUGGACUUUCUGCACAGUGGGCCCGGUCGUGAACCACAUGCAUUGUGGCAAAUGCCGGCCUCGGCAGCCUGGACCCAGCAAGCCCUGCCUGGGGCUGGCCCAGGCUUCUUUCUUAAGUCUCCAAGUCAUUCAAGGUUUCUGCUACUUCCCCCAAGCCCCCGGAUGUAGCCGGAAGAGCCCUGUAAAGUCUUGUUUGGGCCAACCACUGACACAAGCUGCAGGGACUCUGAUCCAGAGGCAGCCUCACCAGAGACAGAAGCUCAGGCCCUCCAGUUCCCACUCCCAUCCCAGCCGUCUCCCCAUCUCCUGGCUCCCCUGUGCAGAAAAGGGCUCUGAACUCCAGGUAGGUGCCCUGAAGGACAGCUGUCCACCCCCAAAUAAAGCAGACAACUGCCUCCUGCCCGAGGGAAUUGUAACUGCUGAGUCUUCAUUUAGGAAAGCAGCCUGGAGUCGGCUUUAGGUGGCCACAACUUCUUGUUUUCUGUUGACCAAUAAUCUGUGACCUAAAGGAGACUUCAGAACUGAGAUGUUAAACAGAUUCAUUCUGGAUAUAUUUUUCUACAAGGGGCUUAAAAAGUAAUCGAUUCAUUUUUCACAACGUGUUUCAUUCAAAUACCAGGGAUGCUGAACCAUCUUCAUUACCAAAUCCCGCAGCUCGCUCUCUCUGGUCCUCCUCUGCAGAAGCAAGCCUCCGGGAGAGACGACACUGCUCCCGCCUCCCUCCGACACAUCCACCAAGCUACCUCACUUUCUCCUCCCUGCACCCAGCACCGCCAGAAUGCUGCCCCCAUGCCAGGAGACCAGACAGGUGACGUAGGAUGACAGCAGUUCUGGCAGGAAGUCCUUUGCCAUCCUCCCCCACCCAGGACCUCAGAUCCCAUUCCAAGUGUAAUCAGAACCCAUUGGGACACAGCCCCUUGCCACCCAGAAUCACAUCCCCCAAACCCUAGCUCACAGCCCUUCUGAGUUAUGUGACCAAGACUAGAGAGAACUCAGAAUUGUCCAGAAAAUUGGAUAUUGUCAGGCAGGAACUGUCAGACAGGAACAGAGACCAUGACAUCUCAGCCAAGCCUCAUCCCUUAGAGGGCCCGAGCUGGACCCCUGUCCAUUCUUAUUUUAUUCUCUGCCUUUCCUGCUCCCUUCCUAUGCCUCGGGCCUCCCGCUCAGGAGCCACUCUACAGCCCCUACAAUUCAAGGGGCAACUGACCUUACUGUGACACCAGCCCCCUAUGGGCUUUACCCACACUGCUUCCUUGCUUUAGGGUACGAGUGAGAAGUCAUUCAUGGGGCCGGAUGCUGCUAUUUGCUCCCAGAAGGGCAUGUAGGCAAAGCAAUUUUGUUCAAGAAAGUCACUAGCUGCCUUGGUUUCUCUCCAAAAUCAUAGAGUCAUAGGACAGAGAGGCUAACAGAUUCAAGGGAAAAAAUAUAUAGUGCCUAUCCUCAAGGUGUGACUGCAAGACCCCAAACACCUGGUGGAAUGCAACCCGCUUCCUACCUUUGUCUACACCAGAUUACCUGCCAAGUUACUUAAGGAUCUGAGCGUCUUAUGUGGGCCUGCAGGCUUUAGGCACCAGCCGCCCCACAGACACCCAGAGCCCAGCACGCAUGGUCUCAUGCCUCCUUUGGAGCUCUGGGCAGUGAGUGGGAAUUUAGCCAAACAUGAUGUGUGAAAUUAUGGAAAAUGUGGGGAGAGUGGGGAUUAGCCUCCAAAAUUCACAGUGAGGUUACUUUAGCCAGCACCAGUGUUGAGCAUGUACCUUGUUUUUUUUCUGACAAAGCCACAAUUUACGCACCCCAGAUUUCCAAGCUCACCUUGACUAAUAUGGGACCAUCCCUUUCCCCUGUGGCCCCAGAGAACACCGGCCAUGCCCUAGAGGGCUUAGCCUGCACUCCACAGAGCAAUAACUGUUGACUCGCCCCUACUGCAACCCUGGUGAUACAUGGCUCUCCACAUGUCACCAUGGCAGGAUCGGAGAAUUCUGCCCUUUGGAGGCACUCUCUUCAAGAUCAGGGCUUUGUUUCUGAGGAAGGGCAAUGAGUUCUUGACUGGUUAUGGGGCCCGAGAGCUCUCAAAUGAGAACUUUCCUAAAUCUAAACCUUUAUCCACUGCCCACGUGGCAUUUGCCGUGGGUUGUUGGUCCCUUGCUACUUAAGCUCUUCAGAGAGGUGAGGGACAACAGGUCUGCAAGCUGCCCACCCCAGACCCACAGCUCACCCCCCGUGGCACCCCCGUGGCCUGCACCCUCACGGCCCAGCUCCUGGGGUGGGCCAGCCCCUCCCCCUUCCUGGCCUGGCCCCCUCACACCCUACCUUUCUCCCACACCCCCGCUGCUCGUGCUUUCUGAAGGCCAUGUGAGAUGAUCUAAAAGCAGAACUGGGCAUGGAGUUUUGCUGCAGUGGUCACAUACACUGUUUUAUGCUAUCGUGUAGCUGAAUGACCCUCAAGAUAUGAAGUCACACCCACCAUUUGUCCCAUUAAGAUUCUCGUCGUCUCCCACCUCAGAAAACUUUCAGAUCUCUUAUGUCAAGGCAGAUUACAUUAUUUUGAGCAGUUGUGUAGACUCCAAAAUAUAUUUUCUGUAAUCACUGGUAUUUCUCAAAAGGCCUCCUGUAAUUACUAUACAUGUGAAUUUUUCCUUAUUUAUAAAAUAUAUAUAAAUUAUUUUUAAUACAUCAACUUUAGUAGAAAUUUGUACCAACACAGUAACUGUAUGUGGCAUUUGAAAUGAGUUUGUGUUUCCUUUGACGUGUGACACAGUAUUGAACACACCGUGUAUUUGCAGUACCACUUGAUAUGAAGACGAUUCACAAAUUAGCAUAAAGUGUUGUCAUUGUAAAUGCUCUUUUUCUGAGGAUUUUACAAUAAAACUUGAGAAAAGUUA